GGCCACAAAGCUAUCUCUUCUUUUGUAAGAAACAAAAGUUCCCUAGGGUUUUAUCUCAGGCCCUGUCCAGGCGGUGGGUGUGAGAUUACCCAUGCACAAUGGCCAGCUGGGCUGCCCCCACUGCUCCCCCUGUGCAUAGGGGCAGUCAGAAAUCACAGUGGCUGUCUUGCUGCCUGCCUUUCCAGAUCACCCAGGAUUCCAAGAGGAUUCGAAAGUCUGCUGGAUACCUCCUGAGAGCCAAACAAUACCUCAGACGCAAAUUUGGGGCUACCCUUAACAAUGCAAGAGUUCCAGUCCCUGUUGCUAUAAAGUGGUCACGAGCAGACUCAAAGGCCUGGCAGCAUGGAGCUACAGCCCGAAAGACGUACAGGCAGAGAAGGCCUUCAGACUGGGUGGAUCAGCUGCGCCGUGGACCCUGCCGUUGCCAAAGGACUAUCUUGCUUCACAUCCUGACCUGCCAUCAGCACGUGCUCGCCGCGAAAGCCGUUUCCUGUAGUCACACUCAUGAGGUUGAUUUUGUAAAUCGCGGGACGCACGCUCCACAGCGCCUGCAGAAGUCGGAGGACAGUCUGAGGGAGCUGUUCUCUCCUACCACGGGAAGCCCUGGGGGCGGAGUUCAGGCAGACAAGCUUGACGGAAGGCACCUUUGCGUGCUCGUCCAUCUUCCUGGCUCUUAUCUAAUACUUUUGAGACAGAACCUCACUAUGUAGCCCAUGAUGGUCAGCUUUAACUUGUGGAAAUCCUCCUGUCCCAGCUUCGCAAGAGGAUGGACUGGAUGACAGGUGUACACCAACACAUCAAACUUGUGUGUAUCUUUUCUUUCUUUCUUUCCUUCCCUUUCCGUGUGUAUACAUAUGGGGAUAUAUGUGCCUGUGAGGUGUAUGUCUGGUUUCCUGUGUGUGAUUGUACAUGUGUGUUUGUGCCCGUGGCUAUCUGAUUUUAAUAUCAGGAAUCUUUAUCUAUUCUUUCACCUUAUUCUCUGAGUCAGGAUCUCUCAACCAAACCCAAAGUUUAGCAGUCAGGCUACUCUUGCUAAGCCAGCGUGCUCUGGGGAAAUCCCCCAUCUUCUUUCCAAGGUUGGAAUUACAAGUGGAUUUUCAUCCCCACCUGGCCCUUUCCGUGAAUUCUGAACUCUGAACUCUGGUCCUCUGUGUACACAGCUCUCCGACUGCUUAGCUACCUCCUGAGCUACACGUUCUCCUCAUCCUUGCUGUUGGUGGUUGGGACAAGGACAUUUGAGAAUCAUGUGGUCAUUCAGACCUCUGAAGUAGGUUCCAAAGCUUUAGAAAUGGAGCCCCACGCUGAUUUUGAGGAGAGGCCCCUCUUUGGUGGCAUCUUGACAAAUUUGUUCAUUGCCCGUUGAGCGUUGUCACUUCUGUAGAUGCAUUAGAUAGCCAGUGGUUAGCCUCAUAGUGCUCUCCAGUGGGAUAUCUCCUGCCACUCAUGGACCGCGCCACCAAAAGACAAAGCUAAGACCGAGUGCAGAUGUGAUAGUCCAUUCAGUAUUCAGUCUGCAUUUGGAUUUGUCACUAAUGCCAAGUUCACCCAUUACAGCAUCUCUGUCUCCUGCUGUGGGACCCUGCUGGGAUUGGGGUCUGGAAAAUGGGCACCCUGCUCAGAAUGUGGUUAACCCGGCCCUCUGGAGACAAGGUCUUUUCCAGGGCUUCUCUUAGGUUCGGAUCCAAGGCCUUCCCACAGCCUGAUUCAAGCCCCGUGCAGGGAGAGGCUAUUCUCCUGUCUCUGCCUCCUUAGUCACCUCCCUGUGCCCUUGGGGGCCCCCCUGAGCCUCAGGAAAGUUCCUUGGAUACAGCCCCUUGCACAGGCCCUGGGAAAAUAAAAGUAUGAGGGUUUGUUUGUUCCAUCCGUGUAGGAACUGCCUGUGUGGGCAGGCAGCUGGGGCAUGACCUUCUAGCCUUUGGUCUAGCAUGGUGUUCCCUUUAGUCUACAUCCCAUGCGAUGGCUUCUCCAGCCUGGUACAACCUCAGGUUUCUCAGAUCAAACUCUGGAAAAGGAGGAGAAUUUGAGACUAGGUAGCCCAGACUGGCCUUGAAUUCACUAUAUACCUGAGGACAGUCUUGAACUUCUGAUCCUCCUGCCUCCGCCUCCAUGUGCUAAGGUUACAGACACACACCACAAUGUCUGUUUCAUGCAGUGCUGGGAAUCCAACCCAGCUUCAUGGGCUGUAUGCGUACCAGGCCAGCAGGCACUCUACCGAACUGGUCCAUAUCUCCAGCCCCGUAUUUUCUCUCUUAAUGGUGAUCUAUUUCCUUUCAAAAGAUUUAUUCUAUUUUUAAUUAUGUAUCCGUAUAUGUGUCUGGGAGGGGUCUGGGCACCUAUGAGUCCAGGAGCCUUCAGAGUCUGAAGAGGUUGCAUUCCCUGGAACUAGAGUGACAGUUGCUUGUGAGCUGCCUGACCUGAGUGCUUCAAGCCAAACUCUGGUCCUCAUGAGGAGCAGGACUCACCCUUAAUGGUGGAGCCUUCUCCUAGCCAGGAAAUAGCAAUUUCUUGAGCGCUCAAGACAUUCGUGUCACCUUCUCAACUUUGGUCAGGUUUAAAAGAAAGCUUUAUUUUAUGACCAUUUUAC